AUUCCAGACGCGUAGACGCGUAGAGUGGUUUCGCGAGGCACACCAUUCCCUGUUCCUCUCUGUGGCCUGCUCCAACAAUCAACCUUCGUGCGCUGAAAAGUCACCAAAGCAAUUCAGUCGCUUCACUUCACUUACCAUUGCGAUUUCCAUCAAUCACCUCGUCCAAACGAUUCUACGACCCUACGAAGAAGUUUAUUCCUCUUUUCGCAGAGCGAUCAUCCGAUUCAAGUCAACAAUGGCAGAACCAAUAGAGCCACCUACCACCAUCUCAGAGGAAUCCUCCUCCGCAAUGGAAAUCUACAACAAUGUCAAGGUAUCACUCGCAGAUCUAUGCGCAAAGGGUACGGCACAAUAUGCGCACAAGAACUUUGAGGAGGCUGCGGAGCUUUAUGCGCGAGCUGCAGAGCUGCAAGCCGAGCUCAAUGGUGAAAUGUCUCCUGAUAACGCGGACAUCCUGUUUCUCUACGGUCGGUCGCUCUUCAAAGUUGGCCAGAGUAAAAGCGAUGUUUUAGGUGGCAAAGCUGGAGGUGAGAAGAAGAAGACAAAUGGAAUGGCGAAGCAGAAGAAAGUUGAAGCGCCCAAGGAAGACCCAAAAACGGAGAGUGAGAAGAUCACCGAGGAAGGCGUUGCCAUUGUCGCUGGCCAAAAUGGUACCGCUGAAGGAGCUGUCGAUGCAAAGAAACCCUUAUUCCAGUUCACUGGCGAUGAGAAUUUCGAGGACUCUGAUGAUGAUGCUGAGGACCCAGAGGAGGGCGAAGGUGAGGAGGAGGAAGAAGAAGAUGAUCUCGCUGUUGCAUUCGAAGUACUGGAUUUAGCGCGGGUUCUAUUUACGAAGAAGCUGGAACAGCCAGAGGACGGUGACAGUAAGGGAAAGGACAUAGGAGAUUCUCCCAUGACAAGACAUAUCAAUGAGAGACUGGCGGAUAUCCAUGACCUUUUGGCUGAAAUAUCUCUCGAGAAUGAGAGAUUUCCUGGCGCAGUAACCGAUUUCAGAGCAGCCCUAGGUUACAAGCAAGGAAUGUACCCCGAAGAGUCUGAGAUCAUUGCCGAAGCUCAUUUCAAGCUGUCUCUUGCCUUGGAAUUCGCUUCAAUCACCAGAACCAAGGAUGAGGAUGGCGGAGAGCCAACUACCGAGUCUGAGUCGCAUCUGGAUCAAGGCAUGAGGGAUGAGGCCAUCUCGGAACUGGAGCUGGCUAUUAAGAGCACUAAGCUCAAGCUUGCGAACAAGGAGGUCGAGCUUGCUGAGACCUCGUCCCCUGAUGACAACGAGGUCACGCGAUCACAGAUUGCUGAGGUCAAGGAGAUUGUCGCAGAUAUGGAAGCUAGACUUACUGAACUGAAGGGCCCAGCAGUUGACGUCAAAGAGGUUUUGUACGGACCAACCAGUCUUGCGGGAGUAAACAAUGCCGGUGGCAUUCUUGGAGCUACUUUAGGGGACUCUCCGGCAGAAGCCGCUGCCAGAAUAGAAGAGGCAAAAAAGACAGCAACUGACCUUUCUGGCCUUGUUCGCAAGAAAAAUAAGCCAGCAGAGGCAGAGGUGGCACCCGCAAGUACGACGACUGCUAAUGGCACGAAUGGAAAGCGCAAAGCAGAGGAUGAUGCUGGAGAAAGCGACAGCAAGAAGGCCAAGGUCGAGGACGUCCCCGAUGCUGAGGUUGGCGCGUAGGGGGAGUGCCUUUUUUUAUUCACGGGACGGUUGGAUUGCCUUGCUAAGAUUAUGACUGUGGGGAUGGAAAAUGGGAUGGCGUUUGAUACAGGAUACCAAAGUUGCAUAUGGUUUCACUUGCUGGUUGAUUUGCAAAACCAUUAGUGCACGUGAUAAUUCCACACUCAAAUCGAACACUUCCUUGUGGUUCUUGCAGCACUAUUCAUUAUUCUUCAAACAAGGGCUGGCCUUGUGAUUGGAGCUUGGAGAUGCUCGUACUAUCGCUAACAUUAGCCGCGCCGCAAGGUAUGAGCCUCAUGGAAGCAUGGCUUUGGACACAUAUGUCACUCGUGGGUGCAUCAAAUGUGUGCCAAUCUCAAAUCGAAGUUCGAGAUGGGUUGCUGACAUCCACAAACAAAGUGUCCAUCUCAGGUGCUCAUUGCACCGUAGCGCUAAAGGCUGCGAGCGCUCAUUGCGUGUUCGGGCUGGUUUAGAGCCACGUCAACCUUCACAAUAGUUUGGGCGUUGAGAUCGUCGGAACAACGUCGCGUAUGAACGAGUUUAUCGUGACUUGAUAUGUUCAUCGUUCACCCUAGAUCAUCCUCGAGGAGCAGCGUUCGACGGUGUUGUACUUGCGCCUCCUUUUAAAUGGGACGUAGAACCUUUGAAUAGUGACUGCCAGAUGAAGGCUUCACUCAGUAGAAGUUCGAUGUCUUUCUCGGUCCAGUCUCUCGUGGGUAGUGCUUGGAGAAACAUCAUCACUUCUUGGAAGUCCAUCUUUCGUAAUUUAUCCGACCAUUUGACAAGAAAUGCUACGCAAACGUAGAGAUGGAAUUCAGAGAACCCUUGUUCUUCGGCCUUACUCAAGUUAAUACAAAUUUGGAAAAGGAUUCGGUCAACAUACCAUAUAUGUGUCCCACAUCCUUAUAGUGUUCUUGACACUAAUCUCCCGCAUGAGGAGGCAAUUCAUCCACCUGAAGCUGAAUUGAAUGAACUCAACGCUCUCCUGCUCCAAAUGUUUUGCAAGAGGCUCGUCUAUCCUAGCUGUCAAAUCAUGGAGUGCCGCGACUUGUCGUUGAAUACCGGGCUGGGCAAAAAUGUAGUUAUCCUGGAUGCCGUCCAG